CUAAAGCAAAGAAUCGCAAACCGCGACCAGCAAAUGAUUAUGAUUGACUUGGAAGAUAUUCAUGCACACGACGCAGAACUCGUCACCCGUAUCCGCAAUAAUGCACGUCGAUAUGUUGGCCUUUUCAGCGAGGUCGUAGACAAGCUGAUGCCCCAACCGACCAAGGACAUCAGUGAACACGACGAAGUCAUCGACGUCAUUCUACAUCAACGGCGCGAACGUAACGAGCAGACCGAGGGUAUCCAGGAUGGUUUCCCAGAUCAUCUUCUCCGACGAUACAAUCUUUACUUCAAACCUCUCAAAAGCGACGUUGCCAUCGCUGUUCGUGACGUCAAGGGCUCUUAUCUUGGCCACCUAAUCACUGUUCGCGGGAUUGUAACUCGAGUUUCGGAAGUCAAGCCACUCCUGCAAGUCAACGCCUAUACUUGUGAUGUCUGUGGCUCUGAAACUUUCCAAGAUAUCUCAAACAAAUCUUUCAUGCCGAUUUCUGAUUGCCAAAAUGAGAGUGAAUGUAAGACAAAUGGGAUCCAUAACUCUUUACACAUGCAAACUCGGGCCUGUCGCUUCAGCCCCUUUCAAGAAGUGAAGAUUCAGGAGAUGGCCGACCAAGUGCCCGUUGGACACAUCCCUCGAUCAAUGACUGUUCACGUAAAUGGGACCCUUACUCGGACGAUGAAUCCCGGCGACGUCGUCCACCUUGGCGGAGUCUUCCUCCCCACCCCUUACACUGGCUUCCAGGCGAUUCGCGCGGGCCUUCUCACCGACACUUAUCUCGAAGCGCACUACAUUCAUCAACUGAAGAAGCAAUACAGCGAAAUGGAAAUAACGCCCGAAAUUUUACGUGCUACUAACGAACUUAGAAAUGACCCGGCUUUGUACAUCACUCUGGCCCAAAGUAUAGCUCCAGAAAUUUACGGCCACGAAGACGUGAAGAAGGCUUUAUUACUCUUACUUGUCGGCGGGGUGACCAAGGUUACUGGGGAUGGCAUGAAGAUUAGAGGCGACAUCAACAUGUGCUUGAUGGGUGAUCCAGGGGUCGCGAAAUCGCAACUGCUGAAAUAUAUAUCCAAAAUCGCUCCUCGAGGUGUUUAUACCACCGGAAAGGGAUCGUCAGGAGUCGGUCUUACCGCUGCCGUUAUGCGGGAUCCCGUCACGGACGAGAUGGUGCUAGAGGGUGGAGCAUUGGUCCUUGCCGAUAACGGAAUUUGCUGCAUUGAUGAAUUCGACAAGAUGGAGGAAGCAGACAGGACCUCAAUUCACGAAGUAAUGGAGCAACAAACAAUCUCUAUCUCAAAAGCAGGCAUAUCAACAACACUCAACGCAAGGACAUCAAUACUUGCCGCCGCCAAUCCUCUUUAUGGACGGUACAAUCCCAAAGUCUCCCCGGUUGAGAACAUCAAUCUUCCCGCGGCGCUGCUGUCAAGAUUUGACCUCCUUUUCCUCAUUCUUGACAAACCUUCACGGGAUGACGACGAACGUCUUGCGCAACACGUUACCUACGUGCACAUGCAUAACCGACAUCCUGCGCUUGAUAAUGACGUCGUUGACCCAAACGUCAUGAGACACUAUAUCGCUCUUGCGAGGCAAAAACGCCCUACCGUCCCACCUCACGUUUCAGCUUACGUCGUUGACUCAUAUGUUCGACUCCGCAAGCAAUCUAAAGACGAAGAACAACAAGCUAAAUCUCACACUUAUACCUCUGCACGAACGUUGCUCGGCGUUCUGCGCCUAGCGCAAGCCCUAGCCCGUCUCCGCUUGGCUGACACCGUUGAACGUCCUGACGUAGACGAGGCGCUGCGUCUUAUGGAAUGCAGCAAAGCAAGUCUACAAGACGACAACGAGAAGGAUUAUGAACCCGAUAAAUCUGCCGUCAGUCAAAUAUUCCGCUUGAUCAAAGGGAUGGUUGAACGGGACAUGGACGUGGAUUCCGACGCGGAAGACGACGACCAAGAAUUGUCCAUGGUUGAUAUCCGUGCUCGUGUGAUUGGUGCUGGAUUCACGGAAGUGCAGCUUAUGGACACCAUUUCACAGUACGAAGAUAUCGAUAUUUGGGCUCGCGUUGCUGGUGGAUCAAAAUUACGCUUUGCGAAUGCUUGAAGAUACUGACUCCAUUGCUCUCGUUGUAUUUAUCCUUCAUCGAUACCUGUACUUUACCCUUGUAUACCUGCAUGUCACAACUAUUCGAAUAGAAGAAUGUUUUUUUGCGCGCAA